AUGACGGAGGGCCUGAACUCGGGGAACCCUCUGUCGCAGCAGAUCUCAGACGUGGUGAAGCAGCCGGCCUUCAUCGCGGGCAUCGGCGCCGCCUGCUGGAUCAUCCUCAUGGUCUUCAGCAUCUGGCUCUACCGCCACCGGAAGAAGAGGAGCGGCCUGUCCAGCAGCUACGCCGGCAUGCGCAAAGUGCCAUCGUUUACCUUCACCCCCACAGUGGCCUAUCAGAGAGGAGGGGAGGGAGUGAGCAGUGCUGGCAGGCCCGGUCUGCUGAACAUGGGGGAGAACAGCACGCAGCCCUGGCUCGCCGACACAUGGCCCAACUCCUGCUCCAACCACAACGACUGCAGCAUCAACUGCUGCACGGCGGGAAGCGGCAACAGCGACAGCAACCUGGCAACCUACAGCCGUCCGGGUCCAAUUCACACGCUAGAACAACCUGGCAACCCUACAGCCGUCCGGAUAGGUCCAAUGCACACGCUAGAACAACCUGGCAACCUACAGCCGUCCGGAGAGAGUCCAGAGUCCAGUCCAGAGUCUAGGGUCCAGGACCGCCGCAGUAGCUCAGGUCCGGACUCUGACCAGGACCGCCGCAGUAGCUCAGGUCCGGACUCUGACCAGGACCGCCGCAGUAGCUCAGGUCCGGACUCUGACCAGGACCGCCGCAGUAGCUCAGGUCCGGACUGUGACCAGGACCGCCGCAGUAGCUCAGGUCCGGACUGUGACCAGGACCGCCGCAGUAGCUCAGGUCCGGACUGUGACCAGGACCGCCGCAGUAGCUCAGGUCCGGACUCUGACCAGGACCGCCGCAGUAGCUCAGGUCCGGACUCUGACCAGGACCGCCGCAGUAGCUCAGGUCCGGACUCUGACCAGGACCGCCGCAGUAGCUCAGGUCCGGACUCUGACCAGGACCGCCGCAGUAGCUCAGGUCCGGACUGUGACCAGGACCGCCGCAGUAGCUCAGGUCCGGACUGUGACCAGGACCGCCGCAGUAGCUCAGGUCCGGACUGUGACCAGGACCGCCGCAGUAGCUCAGGUCCGGACUCUGACCAGGACCGCCGCAGUAGCUCAGGUCCGGACUGUGACCAGGACCGCCGCAGUAGCUCAGGUCCGGACUGUGACCAGGACCGCCGAAGUAGCUCAGGUCCGGACUGUGACCAGGACCGCCGCAGUAGCUCAGGUCCGGACUGUGACCAGGACCGCCGCAGUAGCUCAGGUCCGGACUCUGACCAGGACCGCCGCAGUAGCUCAGGUCCGGACUCUGAUCAGGACCGCCGCAGUAGCUCAGGUCCGGACUGUGACCAGGACCGCCGCAGUAGCUCAGGUCCGGACUGUGACCAGGACCGCCGCAGUAGCUCAGGUCCGGACUGUGACCAGGACCGCCGAAGUAGCUCAGGUCCGGACUGUGACCAGGACCGCCGCAGUAGCUCAGGUCCGGACUGUGACCAGGACCGCCGCAGUAGCUCAGGUCCGGACUGUGACCAGGACCGCCGCAGUAGCUCAGGUCCGGACUCUGACCAGGACCGCCGCAGUAGCUCAGGUCCGGACUCUGACCAGGACCGCCGCAGUAGCUCAGGUCCGGACUCUGAUCAGGACCGCCGCAGUAGCUCAGGUCCGGACUGUGACCAGGACCGCUGCAGUAGCUCAGGUCCGGACUGUGACCAGGACCGCCGCAGUAGCUCAGGUCCGGACUGUGACCAGGACCGCCGAAGUAGCUCAGGUCCGGACUGUGACCAGGACCGCCGCAGUAGCUCAGGUCCGGACUCUGACCAGGACCGCCGCAGUAGCUCAGGUCCGGACUCUGAUCAGGACCGCCGCAGUAGCUCAGGUCCGGACUGUGACCAGGACCACCGCAGUAGCUCAGGUCCGGACUGUGACCAGGACCGCCGCAGUAGCUCAGGUCCGGACUGUGACCAGGACCGCCGCAGUAGCUCAGGUCCGGACUGUGACCAGGACCGCCGCAGUAGCUCAGGUCCGGACUGUGACCAGGACCGCCGCAGUAGCUCAGUCCGGACUCUGACCAGGACCGCCGCAGUAGCUCAGGUCCGGACUCUGAUCAGGACCGCCGCAGUAGCUCAGGUCCGGACUGUGACCAGGACCACCGCAGUAGCUCAGGUCCGGACUGUGACCAGGACCGCCGCAGUAGCUCAGGUCCGGACUGUGACCAGGACCGCCGCAGUAGCUCAGGUCCGGACUCUGACCAGGACCGCCGCAGUAGCUCAGGUCCGGACUCUGACCAGGACCGCCGCAGUAGCUCAGGUCCGGACUGUGACCAGGACCCGCAGUAGCUCAGGUCCGGACUGUGACCAGGACCGCCGCAGUAGCUCAGGUCCGGACUGUGACCAGGACCGCCGCAGUAGCUCAGGUCCGGACUCUGACCAGGACCGCCGCAGUAGCUCAGGUCCGGACUGUGACCAGGACCGCCGCAGUAGCUCAGGUCCGGACUGUGACCAGGACCGCCGAAGUAGCUCAGGUCCGGACUGUGACCAGGACCGCCGCAGUAGCUCAGGUCCGGACUGUGACCAGGACCGCCGCAGUAGCUCAGGUCCGGACUCUGACCAGGACCGCCGCAGUAGCUCAGGUCCGGACUCUGAUCAGGACCGCCGCAGUAGCUCAGGUCCGGACUGUGACCAGGACCGCCGCAGUAGCUCAGGUCCGGACUGUGACCAGGACCGCCGCAGUAGCUCAGGUCCGGACUGUGACCAGGACCGCCGAAGUAGCUCAGGUCCGGACUGUGACCAGGACCGCCGCAGUAGCUCAGGUCCGGACUGUGACCAGGACCGCCGCAGUAGCUCAGGUCCGGACUCUGACCAGGACCGCCGCAGUAGCUCAGGUCCGGACUCUGACCAGGACCGCCGCAGUAGCUCAGGUCCGGACUCUGAUCAGGACCGCCGCAGUAGCUCAGGUCCGGACUGUGACCAGGACCACGCAGUAGCUCAGGACCGCCGCAGUAGCUCAGGUCCGGACUGUGACCAGGACCGCCGCAGUAGCUCAGGUCCGGACUCUGACCAGGACCGCCGCAGUAGCUCAGGUCCGGACUCUGAUCAGGACCGCCGCAGUAGCUCAGGUCCGGACUGUGACCAGGACCACCGCAGUAGCUCAGGUCCGGACUGUGACCAGGACCCCGCAGUAGCUCAGGUCCGGACUGUGACCAGGACCGCCGCAGUAGCUCAGGUCCGGACUGUGACCAGGACCGCCGCAGUAGCUCAGGUCCGGACUCUGACCAGGACCGCCGCAGUAGCUCAGGUCCGGACUCUGAUCAGGACCGCCGCAGUAGCUCAGGUCCGGACUGUGACCAGGACCACUGCAGUAGCUCAGGUCCGGACUGUGACCAGGGACCGCUGCAGUAGCUCAGGUCCGGACUGUGACCAGGACCGCCGCAGUAGCUCAGGUCCGGACUGUGACCAGGACCGCCGAAGUAGCUCAGUCGAUGAGCAGGGAGAGGCCCACGGAGAGGGAGGCGAGGGGAGGGGGGGUGAGGAGGGGGGAGGCGAGGGGGCCGACUGCAUCGCCAACUACACCAACCAGCUGGACAACAAGCCGGCCAACCUCAUGGUCCCCGAGUCCGGAGUCUACAGCGACGUGGAUCUGUCCAACAAGAUCAACGAGAUGAAGACCUUCAACAGCCCCAACCUCAAAGACUGCCGCUUCACGGGGCCUGGAGGUCAGCCCACGCCGUACGCCACCACACAGCUGAUCCAGUCCGCCAUGAUGGGCCCGGACCGAGGGGGCACCGGGGGCAGCGGGGGGGGAGGGGGUGGAGACCUCAACGAGAAGCACUGCUGGAAGGCCGGCCACCACCAGAACAUCAUGGAGCAGAACAAACUGAACAAGGUUCAGGACAGUAUCCUGGAGCCCCUGUCCUUCCCAGAGUUGCCUGGUCCUGGUACCGGUCCUGGCUUCUCCUUCUCCUCCUCUCCUCUCUCGUGUCUCUUCUGUCCUGAGUCUCUGCCUCCGCAUCAGACAGACGUCCUGCUGAAGCAUCUGCUGCUGAGACACAAACUAGUGAUCGCUGACGUCAAACUCAUCGCAGAUCUGCCGCAGUAUUUAAUGCAUUGGAAAGGCAGGUUCCUGGAGCAGCCGCUGGAGGACUUCUGCAGCGUGAUCAAGACCAACUCCCAGGGUCCAGUGGAGAAACAGGAGUACUAUUAUCUUCUGUGCGACGUUCUUCCAGAAGACAGAGUUCUCAGAGAAAAGCUACAACAGAAAAGACUGGAGGAGGUGUUGGAGCAGCAGCAGAGGGAGCGAGAGGACUCCACAUUCCAUCGGAUCUGUAUGUUCUGCAACGAGGACUUCACUGGAAACAGGUCCAGUCUCCUGAACCAUAUGGCCAGAGAGCACUCCUUCAGCAUCGGUCUUCCGGACAACAUCGUCUACUGCGACCAGUUCUUGGACACUCUGCAGAACAAACUGGACAGUCUUCAGUGUUUGUACUGUGAGAAAACCUUUCGAGACAAGAUCACUCUGAAGGAUCACAUGAGGAAGAAGUCUCACCGACGAAUCAACGCCAGCAACCGGGUCUACGACCGCUUCUACGUCAUCAACUACCUGGAGUUGGGGAAAACCUGGGAGGAGGUGCAGAGCGAAGACGACAGAGAGUUAGUAGACGAUGGAGACGAUGAUUGGUCGGACUGGCAGGCCCACCCGGUGUCUGCGGUCUGUCUGUUCUGUGAGCAUCAGGCGGAAACCAUGGAGCUUAUCUACUCACACAUGAAGGACAGUCAUGGGUUCGACCUCCACAAGCUGAGGACUGAUCUGAGUCUUCACUUCUACCAGCAGGUGAAGCUGGUGAACUUCAUCCGCCGCGAGAUCCACCAGAGCCGAUGCUACGGCUGUGAGCAGAGGUUUGAGUGCCGCGAGGACGUUCUGCAGCACCUGACCAACGAGGGACACAACAUGAUGCUGCCACCCCCCAGUAUCUGGAACCAGCCUCAAUAUUACUUCCCCACAUAUGAGAACGAUGCUCUCCUGUGUUCGCUGUCAGACAGUGAUGACGGCGAGGGAGACGGCGUCCCUGUGAUCGCUGAGGACAUGUCCAACCUGCGAGACAUCAGACAGAGCAGCGUCCUGAACCAACUGCUGCGGCCCCGCGGCGCCAGGAGCUGA